AUACUUACAGGGAAAUAAUAGUACAUGCCCCGGUGAACGUCAACAACCCUAAUCAAAAAAAUAUUAUUCAAUUAAAAAGUAAUUGUUGUAUUUGUGUUAUUGUUUGUAGUAAAUCUAUAUUUUCACAUGAAAAUAUUGCGCUCCAAUAGAAUAUUGACAAGCGCUUGUGCUUGAAGUAACUCCAAAAAAAUAGUGAGUAGAUAAAGUAAACAAUAAAGUCUCAGUUAUCAAUUAAAUUACUCUAAGCAACAAUGGAAGUAUUGACGGACGUUGGAAAUAUAAAAUUCGACAUCGAAAUUGCCUUGGAUGAGCAGUAUGGAGCUUUACCGUUGCCGUUUGCCGGCAUGGACAAAUCCAUCGCAGCGGUAUGUCAAUUUUAUCCUCGGGGUACUUGUACCAAGGGUCCAUCGUGUCCUUUCAGACACGUAAGGGGUGACAGGACUAUUGUGUGCAAGCAUUGGCUCAGAGGGUUGUGUAAAAAGGGUGACCAGUGCGAAUUUCUUCACGAAUAUGACAUGUCAAAAAUGCCUGAGUGUUAUUUUUAUUCAAGAUUCAACGCUUGUCACAAUAAGGAAUGUCCGUUUUUACACAUUGAUCCUGAGACAAAAGUACGUGACUGUCCUUGGUAUGAUCGAGGUUUUUGUAGACAUGGUCCUCAAUGUCGUCAUCGACAUGUCAGAAGAGUUUUAUGCAUGGCAUAUUUGGCUGGUUUCUGUCCAGAAGGAUCUACUUGUAAAUUUAUGCACCCAAGAUUUGAAUUACCGGCUCUGCAAGACUUGGCGCCAAAAGAAGGCAAAAAAGUCAUGAUCACUUGUCACUUCUGCGGUGAAAGUGGCCACAAAGCCAUUUAUUGUAACAAAAUGCCGCAAGAAGUUAGAGAUACGCAGAUGAGGCAAGAGGAAGGUGGGCCUCCAGCGCAUUUUAUGAAUAUGCACAAUGGACCUCCUCCACGUGGACCUCAAAAGCCUCUGGAAGAAGUUACUUGCUACAAGUGUGGAACCAAAGGUCAUUAUGCAAAUAAAUGCCCUAAAGGACAUCUGGCUUUCCUCAGUCAUGCGAAUACCGCUGGAGGACCUCCCAAUGAAAACGCCGGCUACAGAAGAUAAAUAUCACAUUUGGAUAAUUAAAACAAGCUGUAAAUUUAACACUAAUAUUUUAUUUUUUUUCAACAAAUACUGAAUAAAAAAAUUCUUUACCACGAA